AUGGAAAAGGCUGAUCCGGCGUUGAUCAACUUCCAUGAACCUGCUACCAGCCGCCCGUCUUUCGGUCCUCCGCCUAACCGGUCCUCUUUAUCCGUACCCAGCCUGCAGAACAUCCAAGAAAACGACGACCUGAUCAACAUGAGUUUUGAGGAAAAUCCUGCUCCAAAGCCGGCAUUGGUUCUACCUGGCCCUUCCAAUUCCGGGCCAUCUCUUCUAAGCACAUCUGCUGAGUCUAUCUCAAGAGCCGGAAGCUUUCCCAGAACUUCCCUCGAGCCGGUACUCCCCAGACUAUCUUCGAUCUGUGCCCUUCCGCGGUUAUCUUCGGCAUCUCCAUCCCGCCUAUCCGGCUCCCUCUCAGGCUCUCCAAAAAAUCUCCGCCUGCCCUUCGCGUCCCCCCGUCGCUUAGUGUUUCCAGCCGGUACGUCCAACCAGGCAAACCAGAAUGAUCCAGGUCAAAACACCAAUGAGCUUUUGCGAUCAAAGUCGGCCAAUCCAUCGGCUUCUGUCAAAGAAGCUCCCUUAGAUCUUCAUCGGACGUCCAACCCAAGUCAUCAGCAGCAUGAUGACCCACAUCCUUCCGGCGCAAGCUCUUCGAUGCCCUCACCGCAGACUCUACCUGAACUACUUCGACGGCAAAAAAGUCCAGGGAAGAGUCAGAGAGCUCGUCCAGCAAAUCUCGUCGAUAUGGUACCACGCCCACCAACUGAUCUGGGAGAUCACCAACGCCCAGACCCGGUUCAGUGUCGCCGUCGACAUCCUCGAGCCGUUGCCGGCCAAACACAGGGCCCGUGUCUCCGCCGCGCCCACCCCGGGAAGCCUGACCAUGGACGUCCGCGUCUCCAUCCGCUGAUACAUCCACCCAAAAUUCACUCCGAUCUCAUCUUUCUUGCAAUUGCACUCUUUCAGAUCAAGGAGUAA